CUCGGGGCGGCCUCUCCCAGCCCCGGUGCCGCAGAUGACCCUGAACACGCAGCGCGGGAGCAAGAGCCCGCUGCGGAGGAGGGCCAGCACCCCUCUCCCGCGGCCGGGGGUAACGGGUGCCACGUCGCGGGGUGAGCCCUGUCACCCCCAGCUCGGUCAAUCCGCAUCCGAGCCGGGCGGCAGGGCCGCGGCCCCCCGGGACAGCUGGUCCUCCGAGUCCUCGGGCUCCUCCGGCUCCGGGGACCCCCUGUACCGAGUGGUGCUGCUGGGUGACCCCGGCGUGGGCAAGACCAGCUUGGUCAACCUCUUCGCCGGCCUCCAGGAACGGGACCUGCUGGAGCAGCACGGAGAAGCCGCCUACAAGCGCACGCUCUCCGUGGAUGGCGAGGAGACCACGCUGCUGGUGAUGGACACCUGGGAGCCCGAGCAGCCGGGCGAGGAGAGCCGGCGCCGCAGCCAGUGCCUGCAGGUGGGGAACGCCUACGUCAUCGUCUACUCCAUCACCGACCGCGGGAGCUUUGAGAGCGCCUCGGAGCUGCGCAUCCAGCUGCGCCGCGCGCGACAGGCCGAGGACAUCCCCAUCAUCCUGGUGGGGAACAAAACCGACCUGGUGCGGUGCCGCGAGGUCUCCGUCGAAGAGGGCCGUGCCUGCGCCGUGGUGUUCGACUGCAAAUUCAUCGAGACGUCGGCGGCUCUGCAGCACAACGUGGCCGAGCUCUUCGAGGGGGUGGUGCGGCAGCUCCGCCUGCGCUGCGGGGCCAAGGAGUCCCGCGCGCGCCCCGCGCCUGGCCAGAAGCGCAAGGAGAGCCUCACCAAGAGAGCCCGGCGCUUCCUCGACAGGCUGGUGGCCAGGAACAGCAGCAAAGUGGCUCUCAAAGUCCGCUCCAAGUCCUGCCACGACCUGUCUGUGCUCUGAGAGCCGCCGCCUUCCCGUCCCUCCGCACACGCGGGCUGGGACUCUCCUCUCCGCCAGCAGCGUGGCCGGUGGCGCCGCCGGGAGCCCAGACAGGGCCGGGGCGAUGCUGAGGACGUGGAGCUGUUCUAACCGGUGCUGAGGGAUGCCCCGGGGUGCUCUGGAUCCGGCCGCUUCCCCUCCAGGAUGGGGGACAACGUGGCACCCGGGGCUGCAGAAAGUGGGCACCUGUGCCUGGGGUGGUGGGGUGCUGGGUUACCGGGUGCUCCUGGGGAGCCGGAGGUGAGGGGCUGCCCGUGGGGCGGGAGGCUGCCGGCAGCGUGGCGGGUCCCACCGUGGUGCCUGUCCUCCGCAGGGCAGCAGGGACCAGCGAGGGCACCGUAGUGGUGUCCACCUCGAGGACAUCCUGGAGCCUGGCCGGAGGUGCCGAGCGGUGCUGUUGGUCUGCCCCAGGGCUUUGUGCUGCAUCUCCCUGGCACCAGCGUUUCCCAGACUGAGGUUUUUCUGCUGCCUCUGUACCGAUGCGAUGGGAAAACCCUCCAGCUGCAGAAUAAACCGCAUCAGGGAGGUGCCGGCCUCUGCUGAGUCCCUGCCGUGGGGAGCCACGUCCCGGAGCUGCGUGGACGGAUUCAAGCCCGGUUCCUUGCCUGUGGCCAGGGCAGAGGACCUGCCUCCUGCUCCAGCCAGGCCUCGGCCGGCUCCGUCUUCACCAGCCAAAACAUUUCAGGGCAGGGAGAGCCUCCACC